UCUCUCAAAAACACCAAAAAAAUUAAAAACCAAAAAAAAUAAAAAUCAAUUUUUUUUCCUUAUUUAGAGUUAUCAAAUAAUUAAUUACAGUUGUUAGGUCAAAUUUGUUUAUUCUUUUGAUUUUGUCCUGAAUUAGGAGAAAUUUGAGUUAAUAUUAUUAUUUUUAUUAAUUAUAAUAAUAUUUAUGGCGGCAACCAGUGUGGCUUUGGCAACAGCAGUGGCUGCAGUGGCGCCAACAGUGAACGGAGCGGCGGGAGUGAUGAAUGGCGGUGGUUUUGGGAAUAUGUCAUUGUACGUAGGGGAUCUGGAGGAUAAUGUGAAUGAUGGACAAUUGUAUGAUCUGUUUAGUCAGAUUGCUAGCGUGGUUUCUGUUAGGGUUUGUAGAGAUCAAACUAAACAGUCAUCUCUUGGUUAUGCUUAUGUCAAUUUCACUUCUCCUCAAGAUGCUGCAAAUGCUAUGGAGUCCUUGAAUUACACUCCUUUGAAUGGGAAGCCUAUUCGAAUAAUGUUUUCUCAUCGUGAUCCUAGUAUUAGAAAAAGCGGGCAGGGCAAUAUUUUCAUCAAGAACCUCCACGCAUCAAUUGAUAACAAGGCAUUGUACGACACUUUUGCUGCCUUCGGAAGAGUUCUUUCAUGCAAAGUUGCCAAUGAUUUUAAUGGCCAAUCAAAAGGUUACGGUUUUGUGCAGUUUGAAGAUGAGGAAGCAGCAGAAAGUGCUAUUAAAUUCUUAAAUGGCAUGCUGCUAAAUGAUAAACAAGUCUAUGUUGGACAUUUUGUUCGACAACAGGAGAGGAUUCGGACUAGUAGUUCAACAAAGUUCACUAAUGUUUUUGUUAAAAACUUAUCCGAGACAACAACUGACGAGGACCUUCAGAAGUUUUUUGAUUCUUAUGGGACCAUCACUAGUGCAGUUGUUAUGAAGGAUCAAGCAGGGAAUUCAAGAGGCUUUGGCUUUGUGAACUUUCAGGACCCGGAUUCUGCUGCUGUUGCUGUUGAGAAAUUAAACGGCCUAGUUAAUGAUGACAAAGCUUGGUAUGUCGGCAGGGCCCAGAGGAAAUCAGAAAGAGAGGCAGAGCUGAAAGCCAAAUUUGAACAGGAAAGAAUAAGUAGAUAUGAAAAAUUGAAGGCUGCAAAUUUGUAUUUGAAAAAUCUCGAUGACAGUGUCGACGAUGAAAAGCUGAAAGAAUUUUUUUCUGAAUUUGGGAUAAUAACAUCAUGCAAGGUCAUGAUCGAUCAUAGAGGGAUGAGUAAGGGCUCAGGUUUUGUUGCGUUUGCUACACCUGAGGAAGCUUCAAGAGCUCUGAAUGAAAUGAAUGGAAAGAUGAUUGGGAGGAAACCUCUUUUCGUUGCUGUUGCCCAACGCAAAGAUGAAAGGAAGGCUCGACUACAGGCUCAAUUUUCUCAAAUUCGAGGCCCUAGUGCGUUGGCACCUUUGCCUUCAGGUAUUCCUGGAUAUCAUGCAGGAGCACCGAGGCUUGCACCGCAGCAUCUUUACUUUGGUCAAGGGACUCCAGGCAUGAUGUCCCCUCAGCAUGCAGGCUAUGGCUUCCCACAGCAACUCUUGCCUGGUGUCCGCCCUGGCGUUGCUCCGAACUUUAUGAUGCCGUAUCACCUUCAAAGACAGGGUCAACCUGGGCAGCGGUUUGGAAUGCGUCGUGGAGGGAACGGUCAACAGCAGCCACAGCAUCAGCAACAGUUACCUCACCGUAACAACAACCAAGGGUUAAGAUAUGUUGGCAGUGGAAGGAACAACAUAGAUUCAUCUGUUGUUACACAAGGUCAUGUGGGCCCGAUGGUGCCAUUACCUGUAGAGGUUUCAGGGGCUCCAAAUGAUGUUCAGCGACCCAUUACCAUCUCAACUCUUGCAUCUGCAUUGGCAUCUGCUGCUCCAGAGAAACGUACUGAGAUGCUGGGUGACCAUCUUUAUCCCCUUGUGGAGCGACUUCAGCCUGAACAUGUGGCAAAGGUUACUGGGAUGCUACUGGAGAUGGAUCAAACAGAGGUAUUGCAUCUUAUCGAGUCUCCAGAUGCCCUGAAAAAGAAGGUGGGUGAAGCAAUGCAUGUCCUUCGAGAAGCUACCGCUAAUGUCGGCGAUCAGCUUGGCUAACUGGGGCUGAGUGAGUGAAGUGACCUUAUUUUUAUGGCUAACUUCAUUGUUUUGGUGGUUUUGAGCCAUUAUCUUACAGGGCAAUGAGGAGUCAUUGAUUUGGGACCAUCUCCUAAACUAUUUUUUUAUAGGAUCAGUUUCUUUGAAAUUUUUUUAGACUUUUGAUCUGGGAUAGAGAAAUUAAAAGAUUUUCUGGAUGUUUCUUUAGAUAUUUGUUUCUGUUUGACAAUGCUAUAGAUAAUGGGUUUCUUUUUUGGAA